AGGGAGGGAGGGAUGAGCUCUGACGUUACCGAGCCCGUUAAAUCAGCGAGUGGCUCGCGCGUACGCCUCAUAGACAGUCCGUCCGCGCGCACUGAGGAACAAAGCAGCAGAAGCCGCCGCACCUCACAUAGACACUGAACUGAGUCUCGUUUAUACAUUCUGAGUGUUUAAUACCGAAUAAGACGAUGGUCUGAAGAGAUUUAUGCGAUAAAUUCACGAAUGUAAUUCCAUUACAUUCAUCCGGUCAGUGCGUGCUCAAAGGGCCGCUUUGGUUACGCCGUCUCCGCAGUCGCCUUCUCUUUGAGAGAUAUACGUGCCCAUGCGAUUCUUCAGACUCACCUUUAAGUGUUUCGUGGAUUGUUUUUGAAGGUGCUGUUUAAAAACGGUGUCUUUUUCUUUUACGAUCUAUUAUUUAUUUUACAAACGCGAAUUUUGAUUAAAAAAAACAAAAAACGCCAAAAAUCGUUGCUAAUUCGUCGAGAUAUAUACCUGUGUCACCCGUUUCUAUAACGGUCUGACGCUGAGGAGAAAAGGAGAAAUACAUUCUUAAAGAAUAAAACUGCUGAUUGUUUUUGUAAAUACAAAUAAAUAAAUAAAAGGACCAGACCUUGUGCUGAUUUUAACAGGAUCGUCUGAGGAAGAACAGAAAGGGACAUCUUGAUAAGAGAAACAGACUUGAGCCAAAACUAAAUAUUUAUUUUGACUGCCGAUUUAAGCCCUUGUUUCGUGUGGUUGAAGGUUGAGGGUCUCUUUGUUUACAAGUGAGAUGGAGAAAACCUCUCUGGACGCAAACUGCUGCGCCCUGAACGUGGUCCUGGUGGAGGAGAAGAAGGGACACCUCAUUCCCCAUGGAAACUCGCAUCAAGGCGUCAAUGGGACCCUCAUCGGAGGGGCCAACGGGGGCCCCAUACCAGCGGCCCCUGGAGCCAUAACAACGGCGGUGAGAGCGGGUUACCCCGAGCGAGAGACUUGGACCAGGCAGAUGGACUUCAUUAUGUCCUGCGUGGGCUUUGCCGUGGGGCUGGGGAACGUCUGGCGCUUCCCGUACCUGUGCUACAAAAAUGGUGGAGGAGUGUUCCUCAUUCCCUAUGUGUUGUUCAUAUUUCUGGGGGGCAUUCCCUUAUUCUUCCUGGAGAUUGCACUGGGCCAGUUCAUGAAAGCUGGAAGCAUCACUGUGUGGAACAUUGCACCUCUUUUCAAAGGACUGGGCUUCGCCUCCAUGGUGAUUGUGUUCUUUUGUAACACCUACUACAUCAUGGUGCUGGCCUGGGGUUUCUACUACUUCAUAAAGUCCUUCAAUGCCACACUGCCAUGGUCCACCUGCGACAACCCGUGGAACACAGAGCAUUGCAUUGAGAUCUUCCGCCAUGCCGACUGCCAAAACGGCACCAUUGGCAAUUUCACCUUUGGCAACCUGACGUGCGAGGAGCUGGCCAAUGGGCGUUCCCCUAUUAUUGAAUUCUGGGAAAACAAGGUUCUGAACAUAUCUGAAGGGCUGGACAAGCCAGGCGUCAUCAACUGGGAACUAACGCUGUGUCUUUUGGCCGUGUGGGUGAUGGUGUACUUCUGUGUGUGGAAGGGAGUGAAAUCCACAGGAAAAAUUGUGUAUGUCACUGCCACGUUCCCAUAUGUGGUACUGAUUAUUCUCCUGGUGAGGGGUGUAACUCUUCCUGGUGCCUAUGAUGGGAUCUUGUAUUAUGUUAAACCUGACUGGUCCAAGCUAGGAGAACCACAGGUCUGGAUCGAUGCUGGUACUCAAAUAUUUUUCUCCUACGCAAUUGGGCUUGGGGCCCUCACCGCUCUUGGCAGCUAUAACCGAUUCAACAACGACUGCUAUAAGGAUGCGUUUGUUCUGGCUCUUAUUAAUAGUGGCACCAGUUUCUUUGCUGGUUUUGUCGUCUUCUCUAUCCUGGGUUUCAUGGCAUCCGAGCAGGGUGUGGACAUCUCAAAAGUGGCUGAAUCAGGCCCCGGUCUGGCAUUCAUAGCGUAUCCUAAAGCCGUAUCUCUGAUGCCCAUGGCUCCGGUGUGGGCUGCCCUAUUCUUCAUCAUGCUGCUACUGCUGGGACUGGACAGUCAGUUUGUUGGUGUGGAGGGUUUCGUAACUGGGAUUCUUGAUCUUUUCCCUGGAAAGUAUUACAUGCGCUAUCAGCGUGAAAUCGCUGUGGCAAUCUGCUGUUUAUUAUGCUUCAUUAUAGAUCUCUCCAUGGUUACACAGGGAGGGAUGUACGUCUUCCAGCUUUUUGACUACUACUCAGCCAGUGGAAUGACCCUGCUGUGGCAAGCAUUCUGGGAAUGCGUGGUUGUCGCGUGGGUUUAUGGUGCUGACAGGUUCAUGGAUGAUAUUGCCCGUAUGAUCGGUUACCGGCCAUUCCCGUGGAUAAAGUGGUGCUGGUCCUUUAUAACUCCAUGUGUUUGCAUGGGUAUCUUCCUUUUUCAUCUGUUGAACUACAAGCCUCUGACCUACAAUAAUGUGUACGUGUACCCAUGGUGGGGAGAGGUGAUUGGAUGGUGUCUAGCUCUCUCUUCCAUGCUCUGUAUCCCUGUUAGCCUUGUGUAUAAGCUUGCUGGAGCCAAGGGAACAUUCAGAGAGCGUUGGGAAAGUCUGACCAAACCAGUGUGGGGAGCCCAUCACCUCGAAUACAUGGCCCCUGACACUGAUAUUAAAAGCCUUGCCUCUCUGUCUCCUGGAACUGAGGAGAACAAGAUAUCCACACUUGGCAGGGCAAAAUCAGCAUGUCUUUGGAGGGGAAAAUAUAGUGUCUAAUCUGACAACACAUAGCUUGGCACCUGGGUCAAUUGUUAACCUUGGUGUAGUACAUCAAAUCAGAAAAGGGCACAAUUCCCACAGGCCAAUUUCUUGAACAUGUCAAUGGUCUCUUUGCACUGACACAUGAGUAUAAAACAUAUCCAAAUGAGAAGCAUAUAGUCAAAAUGCAAUGUUAGCUACAAAUGUUUUACCAAUACAUCCUUGACACAAUCUGGCCCAUAACGAUAUCCACAAAAGUGGGAUGAUAAAUAGCAAUCCACUUUCUUAAAUUAAUAAAAUCUUGUGCAGAUUAUUUUUUUAAACUAAAAUAAUUUAUGCUACUAAUUAGAACAACAAAAAUCAAGAAUCAAAAAGAUGUUUUAAUAACCAAGAAUAAAUCUUACGUUCAUACUAGCAAUCAAACUAUAUGUGUCACAUCGAUAAGAUCACAUAUAGUUGCCAAACAUGCGUUUUUAUUUCUAAAGAGUGUAAAGAGUGUAGAUAUGCUUGAUGUGUCUUCGUUUGAGACAGGUGACCUCAAUACCUUGAGCAUGAUAUCACUGUGUUAGAUAUAUGUGCCAAAUGGAGCAUGAUUUUCCAUCUCUGUUGGUCAGAAGAUGGUUUCGGUUGCCAUAAAUUAAUAUCUCAUCUACCUAGUACAGCUUAAAUAUACUGUGAGAGUUUUUACUGCAGACAUUUUGAAUUUGAAAGUCAUAGUCGCAUUUAAUCCAAUCUGAGUACUAUAUUUUGAAUUUGAGUGCCAGUAUUAGUAUGUUCUCAGACUAUUUUUUUUCCUUUUCAUUUUUAUGAUUUAAAAUUGUCAUUGAAACAUCCAAAGAAAGAUAUUUAGGCAUUUGAAAAAAAAUCAAUGCCAAAAAAAAAAAAAAAUUAUCAUAAUGUCAUAUAUACAUAUAUAUAUAUAUAUAUAUAUAUAUAUAUAUAUAUAUAUAUAUAUAUAUAUAUAUAUAUACUGUUGGCCAAAAGUUUGGAAUAAUGUACAGAUUUUGCUGUUUCGGAAGGAAAUUGGUACUUUAAUUCACCAAAGUGGCAUUCAACUGAUCACAAAGUAUAGUCAGGACAUUACUGAUGUAAAAAACAGCACCAUCACUAUUGUGUGUAUAUAUAUAUAUAUAUAUAUAUAUAUAUAUAUAUAUAUAUAUAUAUAUAUAUAUAUCCAAUAACAAUGGUAACAGUAAUUACAUAUUUUACAGUUUAAAGCAAUUUGUCUAAAUGGGAAGACAAAAACAAAAAAAAACGAAUGUUAACAAUGAUUUGUCAAUAAAAUCAAUUCAAAAUCAAUCCAAAGUUUCAAGUCAAAACUUUUCCAAUGUCAGGUGCUUGUGCUGUUUUUCGCAGGUAAACGUUGUAGGUUGACACAUAGUUGCCAAACUUUGCCUUCAAUUGUCUUAAGUUGAGAACCCAUGGACAAAUAGCCAAGAUUUUACCGAGGUGUCCCGGAAAACUGACCUCAUUCCGACCUGUGGGAAUUCUGCCCUUUAGAAGUCACAACACAUAUACUAAAUCAUUGUGGCAUCGUAGAUGUAAUCAGAAUGUACAAAUUAGACUGUAUAAUGUAAGGCUUCAGAAUACAUUUGCACAUUUUUGUAAAAUAAUCUGCUAGCACUUUUUAAUCGUGUUAGAAUGUUUUUUGGUUUGUUUUUAUUUUACAUAAUGUAAAAUAAAUCAGAGAUUUAUUUUGUGAAGGCUUUUAUUUUGCUUAUAUGCAUAUAUAAAUACAUAUUGGAUAACUGUGUGUUAUAUUUUAAACAUUUGAUGCUGUAUGUACUUUUGAUAAAGAUAAAAAUAUGGAGUGGGAAUUAUUACUGAAAUGCUGCAAUGCAGUUGCAGGAAGGACUAUGAGACAGAUAGCACAAGAAAAUUAUUAUAUUUUGAAUAUCAAGUGCUACAGUUGUUAAAUGUAUUAGAUUCUUUGUGUGUGUAAAAAUCCAGUAUUCUCUGCCAACCACCCAGAAUCCAGCUCAGUUUGGUUCUCAUUGAACAAAUCACCUAAAUUGGAGAAGACGUUUACUUGUGUUUUUGCCUAUUAUUUCUUCUCUUUGUAAUACCCAUGAAGCUAGACUGCACCUGUACAAUUCACAAAUUUAUGAGGGAAAAUGAAACCUUCCUAAUUCAGAAAUGGCAAUUCAGUGUUUUUACCCCUUAAACACAGAAAAAGUUAUAUAUAAGACAUUUUAUUUACAUGUACCCGUUGAGGAGGCAAAAACAUUUCCCUGUUUGAGGUGAACAUGCAUUUGUGACUUUCUCUAGCGAGAAUGAAAUGUUCUAAGUGGCACUAAGAAAUCUGAAGACGUUACACUGAACUGGACUUCCCCACCGGGUUAAAUUUAGAUAUACUGGUUUACAAAAGGUUUUAUGCUUUAACAGUUUUAGUCCUAUUAAUCAAGCCAAUCUGCAAACAACAAGUCAAAUUUAAAUGGAUAGUUCACCCAAAAAAGAAAAUUCUCUCAUCAUUCCAAACCCAUAUGACUUCCUUUCUUGCGUGGAACACAACGGAGAUGUUAGGCGGAUUGUUAGCUCAGUCACCAUUUACUUUUAUUGUACGGAGAGAAAAAAAUGCAAUGACAGUCAAUGGUGACUAAGGCUGUCAUUCUGUAUAACAUCUCCUUUUGUGUUCUACAGAAUAAAGUAAGUCAUAUGGGUUUUAAAUGAUGACAGAAUUUAAAUUUUUGGGUGAACUAUCCCUUUAAGUGCUGAUCACUCAUAGAUUUAUUUAUAUUUUAAAGACAAAAAACAAUUAAAAAAAUAUACACAAUUUUAAACAUUCAUUUUUCUUUCCAUCCAAAUAAGAGCUUGGGUUGGUCAGUAGAUCAAUUAUUAUAUAGUGAUUAGUAAUGUUUAAUGUAGAAAUGUUUAUCUAGAAAAAAAUAUAUAUAUACAUGUUAACAAAAUAAGAAAAGAAUAUUUUGUGUCAUUUCUUGUGCUCUGCCAAAAUUGUUCUCGACAGUAUCUUUGCACGAAAAGUUUGAAUGAGAAUGAGGCUGGUCGAGAUAGGAAACAAAAAUUACACAAAAAAAUCCUUAAAGGGAAUGUAUCACAGCUAAUACAAAAAAUUAUCUCAAAUUUUGUUGCAGUACAGAUUUUUCUGGCUCUAAUGCAUUCAUUUAUUAACUCGAUGUACCUAAGCCGGGGUAGACACCAUAUUUCCUUACAUCAAAGAUAAUAAUAUGCAGUCUACGCUGACCAAGGUCCAUUAGUCUCCAGUCUAGAGGGGAAAAAUGCUGUUUCCAAAGACUAUGACAAUCCUUUGUGAGAUGGUUUAAACUUAGUUGCAGAAUUCCAAAAUCUUAAUAGAGUGGAUGCAAUAUGAGUAGAAUGAAAUUAUUAAGCAGCUCUUGAAAGAAUCAUCUAAUGAGAAACAGUGCAAAGCAUUUUGGGUGAGGAUACUGUCUUGAAAAUUCACACUGCUGACCUGGUAAUUAGCUCAUUGAUGUCUUUCAUUGUUGUGGUUUGUAACAUACUGUGAUGUAACCAUGGUUGCCAUUUUUAAAUCUAACAUAGUAAUUAGGGUAAAGUGUACAGUAAAUGUUAGUGUUCCAUCUAUCUAACAGUAUCCCUCUCAGUGUAAGGAGGGCUUUGUGCUGUUCCACCUGCCUAAAUCAAAGCAACAAAUGGCAAUAAACUAACUCCAUGAAAAAUA